AUGUCCAGGGAGAAGCUUUCAGACAGGCCCGAAUCCUGGGCCUCCUGGGCCUCCCAGGACAGAACUAGAGACAGAGCUCUGGAUGGGGCCGGGAGCCGCGGGGCUGUGGGGAAGCGGGGCGCCCUAGGCCGGUGGCCUUCAGCCUCGGACGAGGCUACUGCACCCCGGCGACUGGAGGACGACGCACUAGGUCCUCCUGCAGCCAGCCUGGCCUCCGGUCGCUGUCGCCUCCUUUGGGAGCGGAAGGAGGUAGAAGGGGAUUAUCUGCAGCAGAGAAAAGCAGGAUGUCAGGACUUCUCUGAUGUCUUCCUCGGGUUUCCCUCCCAGCGGGCUCACGCCAUCCGCCUGCUCCUGGCCUACACAGACUCACACUAUGAGGGAAAGAAGUACACGAUGGGGGAUGCUCCAGACUAUGACAGAAGCCAGUGGCUAGAUGAAAAAUUCAAGCUGGGCCUGGACUUUCCCAAUCUGCCCUACUUAAUUGAUGGGGCUCACAAUAUCAUCCUUUGCUACAUUGCCCGCAAACACAACCUGUGUGGGGAGACAGAAGAGGAGAUGAUACAUGUGGAUAUUUUGGAGAACCAAGCUAUGGAUGCCUCUAAUCAGCUCACCAGGGUCUGCUACAGCCCUGACUUUGAGAGACUGAAGCCUGCGUAUCUGGAGUCCAUCCCAGGCGAGAUGAAGCUGUACUCACAGUUUCUGGGGAAGAGGCCUUGGUUUGCAGGGGAGAAGAUCACCUGUUUGGAUUUCCUGGCUUAUGACAUCCUUGACCUGCACUGCAUAUUUGAGCCCAAGUCUCUGGACGCAUUCCCCAACCUGAAAGAGUUCGUGGCCCGCUUUGAGGGCCUGAAGAAGAUCUGUGCCUACAUGAAGUCCAGCCGCUUCCUCCCAGGCCCUCUGUUUCUAAAGAUCGCCUCUUGGAGCAACAAGUAGGCCUACGCGGGAGGCGAUGGGAGGGAAGAGCCAGAGCUGUGGCUGCCCUGUCUCCCCGAACAGCUUUCUUGCUUCCUUGUCCUUUGUACCAUUCCUCUGUCCCCAUGAAAUACCUUAUGGGCGCCCCCCCUUUUCCCGCUCCCUGUUCCGUUUUCAUCCAGGCCCUUUGACAUGGGCUCUCCACUUUGGCACAUUCCCUUCCCCACCAAUGUCAGCCCCUGUGCUAGAGCCAGCCAGACCAUUCUUCCCUCCGUGGUUGCUCUACUUUCAGGGGCCUGACUGGCUCCUGGUCUGUAGUGCUCAGCCCCGAGCUCCCCGGCACUGCCCUGACGCCCAGUAUGGCCUGAUGUGUACUCCUGGUUCCCCCAGGGUGUCCCUGCCCAGCCCAGCCUGAUCCCCAGUAAAGCCUUACUCAGCCCUGA